UUUAUUUAAAAAAAAAUUAUUCUAUUCAUAGUAGUAAUUGAAGAUUAAAAAUAUAAAAAUAUAUAAAAUAUGAAAAUAUAAAUUUUAAUUAUAUUAAGAGUUUCUGUUAUGGAUUCACAGUAUAAAAUUAUCCAUCCUGUGAAAUAUUUGCAAGAUCAUUUGGCACAAGAUGUUCGUCCAGAUGGCAGACAAUUUUUAUCUUUUCGUCCUAUAAGUGUAAAUAUAUCAUCAAUUACUCAUGCUGAUAGCUCAGCUAUAUUCAAAAUUGGUAAUACAACAAUUGUAUGUGGAAUUAAAAGUGAAUUAGCAGUACCUAAAGCAGAAUCUCCAGAAUGUGGUUAUAUUGUGCCAAAUAUUGAACUUCCUCCAUUAUGUUCUCCUAAAUUUCGACCAGGUCCACCAAGUGAUCAGGCACAAGUUAUCACAAAAUUAGUAGAAAAUAUUUUAAGAAAUUCAGCAGCCAUUGAUUUAAAAGAACUUUGUGUUUAUAAAGGAAAACUAGUAUGGGUUUUAUAUUGUGAUCUUGUAUGUAUUAAUUACGAUGGUUCAAUUAUUGAUGCUUGUAUUGGAGCAUUAACAGCUACACUUAAUACUUUAACUUUACCAGAAAUAUUUUAUAAUGUAGAAACUGGACAUGUGUCAAUAAAUUCUACAAAAAGAAUAAGAUUUCCAAUUAAAGCAUUACCAGUUUCUAUAACUUUUGCAAUAUUUGAUAAUCAAUUAUUGAUAGCUGAUCCUACUGAUGAUGAAGAAAGUUUAUGCUUAGGAAAAUUGACGAUUGUAAUGAAUGAAGAAAAAAUUUGUUGCAUACAUAAACCUGGUGGAAUUCCAAUUUCACAAGAUAUAUUUUUAAAAAGCUUAAUUAAAUCUAAAAAAAGAGCAGAAUUGGUAAGAUCAUUAAUUGAUUCUGCUAUAUCAACAAUGAAACAAGAAGUUUUAAAUGGAAACUUGUAAAAAAUUUUGAAAUAUAAUAAAAUAUCUUAUUAUAUUAAU